AUGAGUACUUUGAAGUCUAUUGGCGUGUUCGGGGGGAAUGGUUUCCUAGGAAGGAAGAUUUGUGAAGUUGGUGUGAAAAGAGGCUACGAAGUUACAGCUUUUUCUCGUUCUGGAAAGCCAGCUACACCAGUUGCUGAUAAAGAGUGGGCAAGCAAAGUUAAAUGGGAGAAGGCAGAUAUCUUCAAUCCUGAGUCAUAUCAGGAUAAAUUAAGUCAUUUAGAUACUGUGGUGCAUUCAAUUGGAACCUUAUUCGAAAAUCAAGCGUACAAGGCUUCUUUUAAUUCUAAUUUCAAUUUUUUGAAUGACAUUAAGCAAUUAGCUAAUUUUGCCAAAGGAGCCAAUCCCAUGAAAAAAGAUUACUACCGUACUUAUGAGGCUAUACAAAGAGACUCUGCGGUUAUAUUAGCAGAUGCUUUUUUGAAAGAACAAAACAAUGAUCCGUCUUUUGUUUAUAUUUCUGCCGAUAAGCAAAUUCCCUUCAUUCCUUCAGGAUAUAUCACUACGAAAAGAGAGGCGGAAUUUGAGUUGAGAAAUAAAAAGGGAUUAAGAAGUAUUAUUAUGAGACCUAACUUUAUGUACGAAGAGGAAGCGGGUAAGUUCAACAAGAGAGAUAUCUUGAAAGAUUUCUUAAAUUUUGGGUACUUAUCAAAGAACGCAGUAUUCGGAAAUCACUUAGAAUUUUUGAACAAUUUGAUUAGGCCAUCAGUUUCUACUGAACGAGUCAGUGAAACUAUAUUUGAAAAAGUAGAAGACAAGAAUUUCAGUGGCAUAGUAUUUUUGGAUGAAUUGUAUAAUGAUCAUUAG